AUGCUGAGCGAUUUCGAACCGGGUCGAUUAUCCACGAAUCCACAAUCAAUACCAGAGAUUGCCAAAAAUGUUACACAAAAAGUUGCCAAAAAUCUGACAAAAGUAUUACUGAAAUCAAAAGUACCACUGAAAUCAAAAGUACCACUGAAAUCAAAAGUACCACUGAAAUCAAAAGUACCACUAGCUGAAAUCAAAAGUACCACUGAAAUGACGAAUAAUACAAACGUAAACUCACAAUCAAGUUACUGUACUGUCAACGAGCACAUAGUCAACAUGGCCGCCAGCAGAAAGGCUACAAAGAACAUGGACAAUGCGAUAUCGUCUGAACAGAUAGGCUACCAAUCAAGAAUUUGUCAAUAA